AUGCCGCCGAAGCGCAUGACAGCAAACCCAGUCAAGCCGGCGCGAUAUCGCGCCGGCAAACCCGUCGCGCCGGAGGCCUCAUCCUCGGACUCGGAUGGCAGCGAUGAUGAGACCAACGAGGCCGUGGCCAAGCCUAGGGCGAUUCCGCCGCCACCGAAAGCUUCGAGUGCCGCCAAGAUCGCCGGUAACCUCAGCAAGGUCAAUCUCGACGAGCGUAGACGCGAGGCACAAGAAAAGGAGAACCAGAGAAUAGCACGCGAAAAGGCCGAACGACUCGCUGCCGAAGAAGGUUUCGUGACGGAGGAAGAAGAGGAAGAGGGAGGCGACGAUGACGAAGAGGAGGAGAGCUCCAGCGAGGAGGAAAGCAGCAGCGAAGAAGAGGCCCCUCGCCGCCUCAUGAUCCGACCGAAGUUCAUUCCCAAAAACCAGCGCAACGCAGCAAGGGACCAGUCCGCCGCACCAAAGGACGAAGACGCGCGCUUUGCUGAGGAAGAGGCCCGCCGCAAGGCCGCCGCGGACGCGCUCGUCGAGGAGCAGAUCAAAAAGGACCUCGCAGCGCGUGCGGCAGGCAAGAAGCACUGGGAUGACGACGAGGCGUCGGGCUCGGACGUCGACACGACGGACGACCUGGACCCGGAGGCGGAGCUGGCGGCAUGGAAGCUGCGGGAGCUGAAGCGAGUGAAGCGCGAGCGUGACCGCAUCGCCGAGCAGGAGGCUGAGUACGCCGAGCGCGAGCGGCGACAGAACUUGACGCAGGAGGAGCGCGAGGCCGAGGACGCCGAGAAGCUCGCGCGGCAGCAGGAGGAGAAGGACUCCAAGGGUAAGAUGUCAUACCUGCAAAAGUACUACCACAAGGGCGCCUUCUACAGUGACGAGGCCAAGGCGUACGGGCUGGACAAGCGCGACAUUAUGGGCAUGCGGAUUGCGGAUGAUGUCAAGGACCGAAGUGCCCUUCCAGAAUACCUACAGAAGCGCGAUAUGACGAAAUUGGGCAGAAAGGGUGCGACAAAGUACAAGGACCUCAAGAGCGAGGAUACCGGCCGGUGGGGAGAGUUUGACGAUCGUCGUGGGGGUGACCGGAGGGGCUUCAACAGGUACGACGUGGAUGAGCGGUUCCGGCCGGACAACGAACGCGAAGUGAACGGUGCGAAUGCAAUUCCCUUGGGCGAUCGCAAAGCACUGGAUGGUCUAAAGGGUGGUCGGUCUGACAGAUACCGACACGACGAGCGGAGGGACCGAGAUGACAGGUAUCGGUCUCGCGAUGACUUCCGCCGUCGUGAUCGGUCAAGAUCACGGUCACCAAGUUACGACUCGAGAGACGACUACAGAGACAGACGGAAGCGCAGUCAGUCACCUGAUAGAGACCGCCACAACAGCGACAAGCGGCGGCGCGUGGACUCGUAA